AUGGUGGUUUUCAGGAAGGGUGAUCAUGUGUGGCUCGACACUCAACCAAACAGUGAAUUUAAUGUCCCUAUCGGGGCAGUUGUGAAGGACUCUGACUCAGGACGGAUCUUGCUGGAGGAUGACGAAGGCAAGGAACACUGGAUCACAGCUCGCAACAUGCACAUGGUGCGCCUGAUGCACCCCUCCUCUGUCCAGGGGGUGGAAGACAUGAUCCGCCUUGGGGAUCUCCAUGAAGCAGGCAUGGUGCACAACCUCCUCAUCCGCCACCAGGAGCACAAAAUCUAUACUUACACAGGAUCAAUCUUGGUAGCAGUGAAUCCAUACCAGCUGCUGCCCCUGUACACAGUUGAUCAGAUCAGACUGUACUGUAACAAGAGGAUUGGAGAGCUGCCACCUCAUGUCUUCGCCAUUGCAGACAACUGUUAUUUCAAUAUGAAGAGGAAUAAGAGAGACCAGUGCUGUGUGAUCAGUGGAGAAUCUGGAGCUGGGAAGACUGAAAGCACAAAGCUAAUACUACAGUUUUUGGCAGCUGUCAGUGGCCAGCAUUCCUGGAUAGAGCAGCAAAUCCUAGAGGCCAACCCCAUUCUGGAAGCUUUUGGAAAUGCCAAGACAAUUCGAAAUGACAAUUCAAGCCGCUUUGGGAAAUACAUUGAUAUUCACUUCAACCAAAAUGGUGUUAUAGAAGGAGCCCGGAUAGAACAGUUUCUCCUGGAGAAGUCCCGGGUUUGCCGGCAGGCUCCAGAGGAGAGGAACUACCACAUCUUCUACUGCAUGCUAAUGGGGAUGAAUACAGAGCAGAAAAAGAUGCUGAAUCUGGGCACUGCUUCAGAGUACACUUACCUCACUAUGGGCAACUGCAUGUCUUGCGAUGGCCGGAACGACGCGAAGGAUUAUGCCCACAUCCGCUCAGCUAUGAAGAUCCUCAUGUUCUCAGAUUCUGAGCACUGGGACAUCAGCAAGCUGCUGGCUGCGAUUCUGCACCUAGGGAAUGUAGAGUUCGAAGCGGCUGUGUAUGACAACUUGGACUGCUCUGAUGUGAUGGACUCACCACACUUCUCAAUCGCAACCAAAUUGCUUGAGGUGGAUGCCAGUGAACUCCAGAACAGCCUCACAAACCUCUCCAUCAUUGUCCGAGGAGAAAGUGUGUCCAGGCCUCUGAACAUAGUUCAAGCUGCAGAUGGGAGGGAUGCCUUUGUGAAGGGUAUAUAUGGACGGAUUUUCCUGUGGAUAGUGAACAAGAUCAACUCAGCCAUUUUCAACCCAACUUCUCAGAAGCCUAAAGAGAGACGUCAGUCCAUUGGGCUGUUGGACAUUUUUGGGUUUGAAAACUUUAGCAACAACAGCUUCGAGCAGCUCUGCAUUAACAUUGCCAAUGAGCACCUUCAGCAGUUCUUCGUGCACCAUGUCUUCAAGCUGGAGCAAGAGGAAUACCUUGCAGAGCACAUUGCUUGGAAUAACAUUGACUUCACUGAUAACCAACAGGCUCUGGAAGUCAUCGCACUCAAGCCUAUGAAUAUCAUCUCCCUCAUUGAUGAAGAGAGCAGGUUCCCAAAGGGCACAGAUGCCACCAUGCUUGUCAAAAUCAAUUCCCUCCAUGGCAAAAGUAAAGUCUACAUCCCACCUAAGAGUGUCCAUGACACCAAGUUUGGCAUCAACCACUUUGCUGGGGUUGUCUUUUACGAAUCAAAAGAUUUCCUGGAGAAAAAUCGUGACACACUGAGUGCUAAUGUAAUGCAAGUGGUUCAUUCCUCCAAAAACAAAUUCCUGAGAGAGAUUUUCCAGGUGGAAUCUUCCCAGGGCUUGGAUACCACCAAACGGCUCUCUACUCUGGGAGGACAGUUCAAGCAAUCCCUGGAAAAACUAAUGAAAAUCCUUGAGCAGUGCCAGCCAUACUUCAUCCGCUGCAUCAAGCCAAAUGACUACAAGAAACCACUGUUGUUCGACCGGGAGCUGUGUAUCAAACAGCUGCGAUAUUCAGGGAUGAUGGAGACCAUUCAGAUCAGGAAAGCUGGCUACCCAAUUCGCUACAGCUUUGAGGAAUUCUUUGAGAGAUACAGAGUUCUCCUGCCAUGGUCUCUUCGAGAACAGCUGAAGAAUGAUGCUAGACAGAGCUGUAUCCGCAUCUCUGAAGCAGUGCUGGGCAAGGAUGAAAGCUGGCAAGCCGGAAAGACCAAGAUUUUCCUUAAAGAUCAUCAUGAUACAGUAUUGGAGCUGCAACGCCAAAAUAUACUCACAGAUAAGGUUCUUCUUAUCCAGAAGGUGAUGAGAGGAUUGAAAGACAGGUCACAGUUUCUGAAACAGAGGAGGUCUGCUGUAGCCAUUCAGUCAGCCUGGCGAGGCUACUGCUGCCGGAAGGAUUUCAGAAUGGUUAUGCUGGGUUUCGGGCGCCUGCAGGCUCUCUACCGAAGCCGGCAGCUUGCUAAACAGUAUGAAGCAACCCGGGCUCAUAUCAUCAGGCUACAAGCCAUGUGCCGUGGUUAUCUAAUGCGUCAAAAGAUAGCAGAGCGGAAGAAAGCUGUAUGUGUUAUACAGGCAUAUGCAAGGGGCAUGCUUGCUCGCCGACUCUACCAGAGGAUGAACAGGGAGAACAAAUGUAAGCUGGAAGCCAGGAAUAUCCGCUUGGAAGAAGAGAAACGUCUCAUCCAAGUCCUUGGACCAGUGAAAGCAAGGGAAGAAGCUAUGAGAUUAGAAAAGGAACACCUGGCUACUCUGGAGAGAGAGGAGGCAGAAGCAAGACAAAGGAGGAAUGCUCUUGCCAAUAAACCAACAAAUCAUGAUGUUAUCAGUGAUCAAGAAAUGGUGGACAAAAUUUUUGGGUUUUUACCUGCUAUGAUUGGAGGCCAAGAAGGACAGGCUCCUCUGGGUUUUGAGGACUUGGAAACAAAGCCUAACAAGCUGGAUGAGGUGGACCUGGACAUGGUUCCCAUGAGUGCGGAGCUAGAAGAGGAAGCAGAUGGCUUGGAAGAGUACACCUUCCCAAAGUUUGCAGCUACUUAUUUCCAGGGGUCAUCUACACAUACACAUAUCCGGAGACAGCUGCGGCACCCACUACUUUACCAUGAUGACAAGGACAAUGUCCUGGCUUCUCUAGUCGUGUGGGUUAUCAUCCUGAGGUUCAUGGGGGACCUGCCAGAGCCAGCAAUGUUUGCCAAGAAUGCUAGCACCAAGAGCGGCUCCGUGAUGACACAGAUAUAUGACACACUUGGCAGGAAAAACCAGGUCCAGUUCAGGAACGACAGCCCACAUAUGAGAGAAAGCAGAAGGGAUAACAAGAUUUCCAAGGGGAUCUCUUCCCUGAAGCUGAAACGGUCAUCCAAGUUGACAGGGAAGGUGACAGACCAGCUGAGAAGUGGAGAAGAGGCUUUCCAGGAGGACAGCUCAAUCUCUGAGAGACCUAUGUCCAACCUAGAAAAAGUGCACUUCAUUAUUGGCAAUGCAAUUCUGCGCCCUGCCAUCAGAGAUGAGAUUUAUUGCCAGAUUUGCAAACAACUCACUGAAAACAACAACAGGAGUAGCUAUGCUCGAGGCUGGAUCCUUCUGUCACUUUGCCUUGGUUGCUUUCCUCCUUCAGACAUGUUUGUGAAGUACCUGUUGAAUUUCAUCCACCAUGGGCCCACAGGCUAUGCACCAUAUUGUGCUGAACGUCUGAGACGUACCUAUGUCAACGGAGCACGGACUGAACCUCCGAGCUGGCUGGAACUUCAGGCAACAAAGCAGAAGAAACCCAUUAUGUUUAAUGUCACCCUGAUGAAUGGCCAGAGCAUCACUGUCCCUGCAGACUCUGCUUCCAUUGCCAAAGAGAUCUGUCAGUUCAUAGCAGAUAAAACCAAACUGAAGGAUGUGUUUGGUUUUUCGCUCUACAUUGCUGUGUUUGAUAAGGUCUGGUCAUUGGGUGGGGGACGAGAUCAUGUCCUGGAUGCCAUCUCUCAGUGUGAACAGCUAGUGAAGGAGCGGGGCACACACGAACGCAAUGCGCCCUGGCGACUUUACUUCCGGAAGGAAAUCUUCACCCCCUGGCACAACUCCCAGGAGGAUCCUGUCAGCACUGAUCUCAUUUACCACCAAGUCAUUCGCGGCAUCCGGUUUGGAGAGUAUCGUUGUGAGAAGGAGGAUUUGGUGGAGAUAGGUGCAAAAUAUUGUUACAUCCAGUUUGGAGAUUCCAUCCACAAUGAACUUGUGCAGAAGGUGCUCCAUGAUUGUAUCCCAGUGAAACAGCUGAAAUCCAAGCCCCUGGAAAAGUGGGUGAGCCUUAUAACCUAUGCACAUGCGAAGGCCCCAUACACACAGGACCGUCUCUCCCGUCAGACUGUGAAGGAACAGCUUCUAGAUUUUGCUCGCUUUCAGUGGCCUUUGCUUUUUUCACGAUUCUUUGAAGUCACUAAGUUUUCAGGUCCCAGCUUGCCCAAGAACCACUUUAUCGUUGCCGUAAAUUGGAAAGGUAUCUGCUUCUUGGAUGAGUCAGAAAAGCGUCUCCUUGAGCUGACCUUCCCAGAGAUAACUGGCAUCCACACCAACAGGGCAGUGAAGUCAUUUGGACAGAGUUGCACUCUCAUCACACUUCGUGCCGAGGAGUUUGUCCUGACAUCUGUAAACAGCGUUGUCAUUGCUGAACUGGUGGUCAUGUUCCUGGAAGGACUGAAGAAGAGAUCACGAUUCGCUGUGGCAAUGCAUGAGAAAAAAUCCCAAGAAGACCCUGCCAUCCUGUCCUUCAAGAAGGGAGACUUGCUAAUCUUCACUGAAGACAAAAGGCUGGAUGCAAACUCUGGCUGGAUCUGUGCCCAGAGUGAAAGGACAGGCAAAACAGGGAAUGUAUUUUUGGAAGACAUCUACAUCAUUCCUUCUCUCACAAAACCCUCUAGUCAAGUGCUGAGUUUGCUGAUGAUGUCUCCAGACCAGAGGAGGACAGCUUCACAGAACUCCUACAUGGACGAACCUGAUGAAGAGGAUCUCAAAGUGAAGCCUUACACCCUGGAGGAGUUCUCCUAUGAACACUUCAGGACUCCUGAGAAGGAAUCCAUCAGCAAAGCUGUUCUCCAGAAAUCCCGUGGGCGCAGUCAACUGUGGGCACACUCUAAGGAGCCCUUGAAACAGCCCUUGCUGAAGGCAGCAUGCACAGACCCUGAUCUUCGGGACUUGGCUUGUCAGGCCUUCAUUGCCAUCAUGAAAUUCAUGGGAGACUAUCCCUCAAAACAGGCACACUCCUCUGUGGAAGUCACUGACCAGAUAUUUGUAGCAGCUAUCCAGGAGGAGAUCCUGCGGGAUGAGAUUUACUGUCAGAUUAUGAAGCAACUGACUGAGAACAGAAACAGGUAUAGCGUGACCAAGGGCUGGCAGCUCCUUUGGCUCUGCACUGGCCUGUUCCCACCCAGCAAGUCACUGCUGAAACAUGCCCAGAAGUUCAUGGAGACACGUCAGAAAGAGACACUGGCCCUGGAGUGCAGUCGAAGGAUUCAGACAGUGAUGAGGAGUGGCUCCAGGAAGUGGGCACCUCAUCCUGUGGAGGUUGAGGCCAUCUUACAGAACAACACUAAGAUCUCACACAAGAUUUGCUUCCCCAAUGAAACAGAACAGACAUUUGAUGUGGGAACAAACACCAAAGUCCGAACUCUGUGUCAGAACAUCGCUUCCAAAUUGCAGCUGAGCUCCUGGGAAGGUUUCAGCCUCUUUGUGAAGAUUGCAGACAAGGUGAUCAGUCAGAAUGAAGCAGACUACUUCUUUGACUCACUAAGGCAGGUGACAGACUGGAACAGAAGGAACAAACCAGGGAAAGAUGGGGCUGCUAUGUCUGUGGCUUAUGAGGUGUACUUCAUGAGAAAGCUGUGGCUGAAUGUAACUCCUGGGAAGGACCUGAAAGCUGAUUCCAUUUUUCAUUACCACCAGGAGUUGCCAAAGUACCUCAGAGGCUACCACAAGUGUUCCAAGGAUGAAGCUGUCCAGCUGGCGGGGCUGAUUUAUAAAGUGCGCUUCAACAAUGACCGCAUGCAGCUGGCAACCAUCCCCAAAAUCUUGAAAGAGCUGGUGCCAGACAAUCUGCUCCGAGCAAUCUCACCAGAUGAGUGGAAGAAGAGCAUUACUGCAGCAUAUAGCAAACAUGAAGGAAAAACUGUGGAUGAGGCCAAGAUUGCCUUCUUGAAAAUGAUACACCGGUGGCCAACAUUUGGAUCAGCCUUCUUUGAGGUGAAGCAAACCUCGGAGCCAAAUUUCCCAGAGAUUGUGCUGAUUGCAAUCAACAAGCAAGGAGUCUCACUGAUACAUCAAAAGACAAAGGAUAUUUUAACAGUCUACCCCUUCAAUAAAAUCUCCAAUUGGAGCAGUGGGAGCACGUAUUUUCACAUGACAAUAGGGAGCCUGGUACGAGGAAGCCGGAUCCUAUGCGAGACAUCUCUGGGUUACAAAAUGGAUGACCUGUUAACAUCCUAUGUACACCUACUAAUGAAUGCUGUAAACAAGCAAAAGAACCUCCCAGCCUGAGAGUGGAAAUAGAACCCAUGACCUGUAUCUGUGCCAAACUACCUAUAAUUUCAUAUUCCAGAAGAAAUGCCAUUUAAAAAAAUAUUAAUCUUGAUGAUCAGUCUUCUGAUCACACACUGAA